AUGCGUGGCAGGGCCUCGAGUAUUGUAUCUGUAGCGAGCGGUCUGCUCAUGAUUUUUCCAGCUGCAGCAGGUAAUUUGAAGCAGCACUGUGGUGGGCGACGCUGCGCUUAUCUGUGGAUCACUGGCGUUACUUCCUCGCUGCUGACCUUGUCGGUCGUGCUUCUGCGCGACCGCCCCGAGUCCGUGGGACUGCUGCCAGACCUCGAAACUCCUUCGACGAAAGAUUGCAGGACAGACAGGCAGGCCACACCAGAUCUUCCAAGCCCCGCCGCUGAGGACCGCCUCCGAGAUCCGCCCGAGGCCAGGGAGGAGCCACCUGGGGCAGGGGGCGCAGGUCAUGACGAUUUCACGCUGGAGGAGGUCUUGCGCACCCCGCUGUUUUGGUUGAUCUGGGUGCCUGCGGCAAGUUCCGGCACCACCCUCGUCACGGACACGCUUGCGGAUUCUUUUGACCAGUAUUGCUAUAAUUGGCUCUGGGUAGGCAUGAAUUUUCACAUUACCGACAUCUUCACAGUAGCACGUGCAACCCAAGCCGGCACCCUGAGUUUAGUCCGGAGUAAACUCUUUCCAAUGGUGAAGCGCUGCUGGUACAAGUUCAAUGAGGAGCAUUUCCUGGUCUCCAUCCUGGCAGCUCCUGAAUUCUGGCAUGGGAAGGUCUCCAGCGAGGCGGUGACCUCUUGGGGUUGUCAUGGCUUUGUCGAUUCGACAAACAAAGUUAGGCCGAUGGCCUGUUGGCUGACGUCCGGCUUCUUCUCCCUGGUCGCGCUGCAGGGCCUGUUGCUCGCCGCUGGCCUUGGCGCCGUCGCCGUGAAGUUCGUGAGGAAUCCAGCAGGGCGGGCAGAGAACGAGUUCCUUCUGGACGCCUCCAGGCAGAUAGCCGGCACCUUCUGGGCGGCUUUGGUCGCCGACCCGGUCCGCGGCCUCUUCACGGGGCUCGUGGCCCACGGCGGCGACGAGUGCGCGUGGUACUGGGUCGAGCUUGUGGCGGACGCCACCAUCGGCGUGUGGCUGGCGCAUCGUGCGCUGCGGCUGUACCUGUGGGGGCUCAGGCGCCACCUCGGGCCGCGGGGUGCGGCCCGCGUGUGGUCCCUGUGCAGACCGGAGUACUUCGACGAGGAGGGGAAGCCCACCAGCGACAUCUACGGCGUCUACGUGGAGCAGCUCGUGCUGUGGCUCGUCGCGCUGACCACUGCGAAGCUCGUGCUGGCGUUCCUCAUGAUGUUCGAGGCCGUCCAGAUCCACGCGCUCCUCCGCGCCACGCUGCUGCCGCUCUUCGCCCGGUCGGGCCACCGGGAGGCGUGCCUGGUCGCGACCCGCGUCGUGAUGCAGUCUGUGCAGUACUGGCUCGUGGACGGCCUCUUCGUGGCCGUGCACGGCCUGGUGCCGGACGACCCGGCCCAGAGAAAAUUGACGAAGCGGAGCAAGAGCAGGUUGAGCCUCAUGGCAGGCAGCAUCCGUGGCAGCCUGAGCCUGAGCUUGAGCGGUCCCCUGCUGACGGAGGAGGACGACGAGGAGGCGGCCCUCGCGGCGAAGGAGCGCUUGGCCAUCCUGCAGCGCGAGGCGCGCGAGGCGCAGGAGCACCUGCAGCGCGCCCUGGAGGAGCGGGCGCGCGGCGCCCAGGAGAUCGAGGAGAUGCGCGAGCAGGCGCGGGCCAAGAAGGAAGAUCUCGAGAGGAUGAGCCUCGAGUAUCAGGAGGAGGAACGCAAGACGAGGCAAAGGGCCGAGGAGAGGGCGCGGCUGGCGGCCGCGAAGAAGUCCCCGGGCAGGCCAGAGAGCGAGCAGCAGCAGGCGAAGAAGAAGGGCUGCCUCUGCGGCGGGCGGCAGCCAGAAGUCACCCCGCGGCUGGAGCCCGUCGACCAGCCGGCCCUGCGGCUGGAGCCAGUCGCGCCAGCGCCCGCGAGAGUGCUGCCGUGGUCGGCGGAGCUGCCAGAGCCCUUCGCGUACGCGGGCGCCACCGGCGCCGGAGAGCCCGUGGAGUUGCCUGGGUUCGCGGAGCUGCGGGCCGCUUGCGGCCUCGCGGAGGCGGACUUCCAGGCCUCGCUGAAGGAGCUGCUGUGCCAGGCGGCCUCCUCCGGCGGCGGCGCCGCCACGAGGGGCUCCAUGGUGGCAGAGCGGCUGGUCGACGACGAGGCCAAGACGUUCCGCAGCAUUCGAGACGCGUACAUGGUGCACGUGCGUUUGCCAGCGAAUUCCACAGGCAGUAGAUUCGGGUCAUUCUUGCCCCGCUACUACGGCAUGUACAUCAAUCAGAUCGAGCGGGCGACUUACGUCAUCAAGGUGAGCGUUGUGUCAUCGCCGUCGCAUUGGCGCGCCCUCGCCAGCGCGAUGCGCGACGUUGAGUACAUGAAACGGACCAGGCGGGGCUCCGUCUUUGAAGGGGACCGCGCAGUGCUGCCGGGCAAGAGUUGCCCGUUCGGCGUAUGA